GUGCCCUGCUCCCCGACCUGCCUGAGCAGUUUGUGCCUCCCGAGGUGGCACCACCCAUCCUUCAGAAGUUGGUGGAAGCCAUUGAACGAAAAGGGCUGGACAGCGACACGCUCUACAGACCGUCUGCUUCUGAGCCGCGGCCCCCGAGGAUCGACUGGACUCUGAGUGAUGUAGAUCAGUGGGACGUGACCACCCUUUCCGAGGCCCUGAAGGGCUACCUCCAAGCACUGCCCAGGCCCCUUGUGCCCCCUGGAGCCCAUGGGGAUAUCCUCCAUGCCUUACAGGAGACGGCCAGCCCGGCCGCAGCGGCGGCAACAGCGGGGUGGAGAAGACAGCAGCUGCAGGCGGCGCUCGAGCCCCCCGUGGUUCCCCUUCACAAUGCCCUGACUCUGCGCUUCCUGCUCCAGCACCUGGGGAGAGUGGCCCAGCGGGCCCGGGCCCAGGGCAGCGGACUGGGCCCCAGGGCCCUCGGGGAGAUCUUUGGACCUCUCCUGCUUAGGCUGCCAGCCACUGGGACUGAGCAGAGCCCCGACUUCUCGGCCUUGUUCUUGGAAAUGCUGCUGCAGGACCAGGAGGAGGAGCAGGAGCCGCCCCCUCCAGCCCUACCCCCAAAACCUCCCAAACCCAAGGUCCAGGCUGGCAGCCUGUCUAAUGGGAGCAACGCCCCUCUCCAGGAAGCCGAGUGGUAUUGGGGUGACAUUUCCAGGGAGGAGGUGAAUGAGAAACUUCGCGACACUCCAGAUGGCACCUUCCUAGUCCGGGAUGCAUCUAGCAAGAUCCAGGGCGAAUACACCCUGACCCUCAGGAAGGGCGGCAACAACAAGCUGAUCAAAGUCUUCCACCGAGACGGGCAGUACGGCUUCUCGGAACCCCUGACCUUCGGCUCCGUGGUGGAGCUCAUCACCCACUACAGACACGAGUCGCUGGCCCAGUACAAUGCCAAGCUGGACACCCGGCUGCUCUAUCCCGUGUCCAAGCAUCAGCAGGACCAGGUGGUGAAGGAGGACAGUGUGGAGGCAGUUGGAGAACAGCUGAAAGUUUACCAUCAGCAGUAUCAGGAUAAGAGCCGAGAAUACGACCUGCUCUACGAGGAAUAUACACGCACUUCCCAG